AUGGCUGAAAGAAAUAUCUUGUCUAAUCCAGAAAAUGCUUUUUUAAGAAUUCUCGAUUAUUUCGACUAUAAUUCACCAAAUUGUGAGUAUAUUAUAGAUUGCAUUGCAGAUUUCUUAAGGAUAUAUAAGCUAUUUGAUUCAUUCUUUGAGCAAAAUCUUGAUUUUGAACCUGAGUAUAAUAAUUAUUUUGAUUCUUUAUCAAAUAUAUUCAAAAUAUGCCUUGAAAAUGGUAAAAUAGAUGAAAUAAUUGAGUGCUACUCUGAUCUUAAGGAAAUAAUUCUAUUUUCUGCAAAUAUUAUUUUUGAAAAUGAGAAUAUCAUCAAUAACUCGCAAAAAUUAAUACAAAUUGCAUUAGAUUUAUUGGAAGAAAAGGUAAGUUUUAUUGCUUCUGUGUUCAUUUCACGUUGUUUCGGAAAAAGAAUUGCAGUUCCUGAAGAUUUAGAAGAUUUUUCGAUUGUCAUCUCAGAAUAUGAUGGGAGUGAUGCAAAAUAUUGUUCUGUAAUGGUUUAUACAAUGGCCGGACUUUCAUCGUAUAUGAUUACAGAAGAUAUGCAAAACGAAGUUAUAGAAUUUGCUAAUUCCAAUAUAAUUAUAGCAGAUAAUUUUAUUGGUACAUUAAUUUCGUAUGUUUCAAAUCUUGGUUACGAAACAAAUUGUAUUCAGAUGGAAAAGAUUGAAGAUCCAUUUUCUAGAGAUGAGGAAUCUGAUUUUAUUCGUUCUUGUAUGUUUUGUUUAUUAUAA